AUGCUGGGACCUCCCCCUGCCAUGUGCUUGCUUGUUUGUGUGCCAGCGUGCCACGCCGUCGGGAACCUCAUCAGGACCAAUAGCCUCAAGCACGGGGAUAAUCGACUAGUUAUCUCCUGCAAAAUCAAAAGAAGGGAGAAGGGCAAAUACCCUAAACAAGGCAGCUUUGAGAUGCAGGCCUUACCCAACACCGGGCCCAUGCCCCCGGGCUACGGGGAACCCACCACAGCCCUACCGCUUCUCGCCUUUGACAACGGCGAAAACACCGAGUUUGACUACUCCACCUUCCUCCAGGACCAACAGGACAUCGAUUACCUUGCCGAGGACAGCUCGGGGUCGGGGGGCUUGCCCAUCGCCACACCUUCGCCGUCGUCAACCUUCUCGGACCAGCCUUUCCAGCCACAACCACUCGCGCCGCGACAGCAGCAACAACUUUCCCCGGCUUCGGCUCGUCAACGUGGUUGCGGCACGGGUAGGGACAGUAGUGGGAGCCAUGAGGACCGGCCAGUGUCCAAGCAGCGACUAGAACGGCGGGGGCAUACCAAGAGCAGGAGGGGCUGCUUCAACUGCAAGCGGCGGAGGAUUAAGUGUCAAGAGACAAAACCCGCAUGCGGGCACUGCGUGAAGCAAGGUCUCAAAUGCGAGUACCCCACGCUGCCGACCAUCGUGCAUCAGUACGAAUACCUAAUGCACGCCAUCCUGGGGUACUCGGCCUCCGAACUGAUGGCCUCCUCCGACCCCUCCCUCGCCGAGGCCGCCAUGUCGCACCGCUACAAAGCCGUCAAGGCCAUCAAAAAGGCGCUCACUCCACCACCCACCUCCCCGGCCGCUCCCGUCGCCGGCAGCAGCAGCAACAACCUUCCCACCAACCUCCCCACCCCUCCCAACAACAGCAACAGCAGCAACAACGGCCGCUCCUUCGACGACACCAUGUUCGAAGAAGGCAACGCGCUCAUGGCGACCUGCUUCGCGCUCACCUACCAAUCAGUACUCCUCGAGGACGGCAUGGCCGAGUUCAUGACCUUCAUCCGCGGCAUCAUGAUCGUGGCCAUCCACAUGUACUGCCGGGGCGCUAACCUGCUGUUCGGCCACCUUCUCGGCGACCGCCAGACCCAGAUGCUGGAGCCGCACAUGCGGGACCUGGAUUUGAUCGAUGCGGGGCUGACGGCAAGGGCGGUGGCGGCGGUGGAGGGGUUGCGGGGGCUGGUGGAUGGGGUGGAGGGCAGGGAGGUGGAGAGGAGGUAUUGGGAGAUGAUUGGGGAGAUGGCGAGGAAUUUGGGGGUGAGUUCGUGGAAGGAACACUACGGGUGGUGGAUGAUGCUGCCGCACGCCAAGUUCCAGCCGCUGGUGGACCCCAACAACCAGGUGGCGCUGGUGUUGAACGCGCACUGGGUCGCGCUCGAGCAGAUCAUGGCGCCCAUCUGCGAGGCCGAGCAGCGCGUGUCGGCCGCCAUGUCCAGCGGCCGCUCGUCGUCCAAGACGGGCGCCAGCCUCGGCAACAUCCGCUGGCUGCGCUACAUCAACGCUCAGGUCGACGCCGACCACCGCCCCUAUAACGAGUGGCCCAUGUGGGUCGAGGCGCAGCUCGCGAAGGAUAUGACUUGCUUUGGGAAGACUAUGUGA